AUGGUGCGCAAAACCCUCCUCUCCUCACUUUCCACCCUCGCCCUUACCCUCAUCUCCUCAGUCACCGCAACCGAAAACUACAUCGUCUCCGGAGACCGCUGGCACGAUACAUCCUCCAGCUACAUCAACGCCCAUGGAGCGGGUCUUCUCCAUGACUCCUCCGCCUCUCUUUGGUAUUGGGUUGGCGAGUACAAGGCAGCCUCAAACGGGUUUCAAGGGUUUUCUCUCUACUCUUCUUCCGAUUUAAUCAAUUGGGAUUCUCACGGACUCAUCCUUCCUCCCUCCUCUUCUCUUCCGUUUCAAGUCGGAGAACGACCCAAGUUGAUCAAAAACUCCAGCACAGGGGAGUAUGUGCUAUGGUUCCAUGCAGACUCCUCCAACUAUUCUUUGGCUAAAGUUGGAAUUUGUUAUGCGAACAAGGUGACUGGACCGUAUACGUGUCCGGAGAACGGCGUGUUUAGUCCGUUAGGUAUGGAAAGUAGGGAUAUGAACGUUUAUGUGGAUACGUAUAACAACAAUCAGGGCUACUUAUUGUUUGCAACGAAUGGAAAUGCCGAUGUGGGGAUCGCAAAGAUGACUAGCGAUUAUAAGAAUCUUACUUCGCUGGUAGGAACCAUUGCGUCCAGACUGGAAGGUUUUGGUGUCUUCCGUGACGAUGCGGGACUCUACAAUAUGGUGGUCAGCAACCAAAGUGGAUGGCAGCCAAAUGCCAACUCUCUUUACACUACUCCUAAUCUUGGAACCCAAGUUCCUACGUAUUCGAACUACAUUGCGAACAACGCCUACAACACGUAUAACAGCCAAAACACUUUCGAGAUUAGCCCAAACGACAAUCUCGAGGUGUACCUGGGCGAUAGGUGGUGGGAAACCGAUCUCCAACAGUCUUCUUACGUCUGGUAUCCGCUAGUGAACAGGCAGUUAGUACACGCUCCGCUUUGGAAACCCGACGCAUCGAAUGCUCGAGGAUACUCUGCUCCCAGUAACAAAACCUUCCCUCUCUCCCCCUCGACCACUACCAUCAGUGGUAAUUCUCAAGCAGUCUUCUCUUCAUGUUCAGCCUGCCCUUCAGGCCAAAUCGCAACCUACGUCGGUGACGGAAACACUUUCACCCUAAACAGCGUCUCCACUCCCAGUGGCGCUGCUGGUAACGUUUGGAUUAGUAUUUACUAUUCCAACCAGGACAGCUAUCCUGAUUGGAGGUUCGGUACGGUUAGCGUUAAUGGAGCAAGUGCGCAAAAUGUCACUUACCCCACAGGAGGUAGUCCAAAUGGUGUACUGCAGGAUACCCCAGUAAAGGUACAGCUGAGCGCAGGUAGCGGGAACAAGUUGACUUUUGGUGCAAGGGGUGGAGAUUCUGCCGCUGAUAUUAGCCAUGUUAUUGUUUGGCAGAGUGAUCAGUGA